AUGUCCCCGUCACCUCCAACUGAGUUAUCAGCAUACACGGGCAACAAUAUUAUACCAAGGAGCACAUCACCAAACAUGUUUGCGCAGGGCACAGUAUUAAAGGUGGCAUCUGCUGUGGAUUCUCAAAACGUGAUUCACGUACGCGAGACACCAGCAAGCGGGAAGACGAUCCUGUCCCAACUCCUAAGGGACCAUUAUCUCGAGAACCAUAGGAAUGUCUUUUUACUUGAGAUAUGGAAGUCACUGGAGUUAUUUCCUGGCAAUGACUCCUGGCUCGAUUCGUUUGCUUCUGCGGCAAAGACUGUAAUCCUUAUGGAUGAGGCUCAGGGUUCAUACACCGACUAUGGCUUCUGGAACACGAUCAUCAAAGAGCUAAGGUCUGCCAAGCCCUACGACAGGCCUGGAGGUAGCCCGCAUAUGGUUUACUCCAGCUACCUUUGGCCCCUCGCAGCGUACUAA